UUUUCUAACUCCUCACAACAGUAAAAACGUACAAAGGUCGUUUGGCAGAAACCAAGAGGACCUCUGGGAACCCAGCUACUCGUGUUUUUGAGGGGGGGGGGGGGUUGCUGUAUCGAUUAAGUGCGAUCAUAUCACACGUAUCGGCGUAUCCUGACCGGCCGAUCUUCGUUCAACCAGAAUCUCCUGACCCGAGUUUGGGCGAGUCACUUCAACGAGCUCCUCUCACUUAUACUCGCCUCCUCACUUGUCACAGCUACAUUUCUUUUCUGUCAACUUCACGAUCUCCAAGAUAUUUACACGAUGCAUAAAGAAGUGUUGCUGGCUCACACCCUGAAGUCAAAGGGGACCUCCACGAUUCUUGGUGGCCAGCUUCCCUUUAAUGUGAUAAAUAACAACCAGUACAUACCCCCAGUGGCUGGUGGAGCUCAUGUUAAAGAGAGAGACAUGAGAAGUGACUCACCUUCUCUUGAUCAUGUUGUCCACACUGCACUGUCUGACACAAGCAAACCAGUCAUAGUGGUUGGUCCGGCAGGAUCUGGUAAAUCAACUGCCUUGCAGAAGUUGACUUUAGACUGGGCCAACGGAGAGCACCUCCACAACUUCUCUCAUGUUUUCCAUUUCCAGCUCAGGGAACUAGAUGAUCUUAACCAGAUGUUUUCCUUGGAGACGUUCCUGUUACGUGAUCACAGUCAUUUUUCACCCGAGUCUGUGUCUUUAUUAUUGGAGAAGCCUGAGAAACUGCUGUUUAUUUUUGAUGAGCUGGAUCAGUACAAACAUAGCCUGGACCCUUCGGUUCAGACUUUCUGUUCUGACCCCAGCCAGAUGACCUCAGUGUCCAGUAUAGUGGCCAGCUUGCUUCAUGGCAAAAUGCUGAAAGGAGCCUCCUUUUUGUUAGCCACCAGACAUACGGAGUGUUUGAAGUUUCUGGAUGGCUUCAAUGUGGGGCUGGUGGGAUUUCUGAAGCCACAGAGGAAGGCCUACUUUGAGCAGUUCUUCCCUGACCCAAGUAUUGCCAACAGAGCACUUUUGAACAUGGAGAGGACAUUAAGUUUUUAUGAUUUCUGUACCUAUCCUAGAUUUUGUUGGACAGUUUGCUGCAUUUACAAGUCUCUGCUGGAUGCUGGAGAAAGGUUACCUGAAACAUUAACACAACUGUAUGUAAGUAUAACGGUCCAUCUGAUUCAGGAACUCUCACUAAAUGAGGCCCGCUACAGAGCUCUGGUCACAGCUCUGGGUCUUAUGGCUUCUCACUGCUGUCUGGACCCAAGUUCUAGCUGUGCCUUAGGAAAAAUGGACUCAUUUGUCCUUAAUCAGUUCAUUCCCUCUAAAGCCUCCCUGGAUUCUCUCUUGCAAGUAGAUGGUACCCCAGAUUUGGAUGGUGGCAUCUUGACUUUCCGCACCCAGUUGAUGCAAGAGUUCCUAUUGGCAGUGUCUUUCUUUCUUGAUAUGUCAUUGGCUGAGAGUGCAAAGGAGAUGUUAGAAAAGCAUGAAGACCAUGCAAGGUUUCUGGACCUUUACAUGUCAGGGCUUUCAGAACCCGCCCAGCGCAGACCACUAGAGAUGCUGCUGGGUGAGUUCAAUGCCGAUCGGAUCAUGGAUUUCAAAUGCUGGUUUAAAAGCAGCUCUCUGGAGACACUGGAGGGAUGCUGCCAAGAGAAACACCUCCACUGCUUUCGUCUGCUUCAUCAAAGUCAGAAUGAGAGUUGGAUGAAGGAGAUCAUCACCCCCUCUACACGACUUGGCAUCAGCUAUGGAGGUCUGGGCCUGGAGGACAGUGUAGCGCUGAACUAUGUCAUCAUGCACCUUGGUGAGGUGCAGCAGUUGAAUCUGUACUCUGCACGUAAUUUGACAGAGGAGAUAGCAGAGCACCUGGUCCCAGCCAUGGUCCAGUCUCAGAAGAUAAUGUUGUCAAGUAGCUCCCUCAGCACAGGCUCUGUCCAUCAUCUGGCCUCAGCUGUCAGCAGAGGAAGGACCAAGGAGCUGGAUCUCUCUUACAGCCGCCUGGGUGAUGCAAGCUGUAAAAUCCUCUGCACUGGACUCAAAAACUGCAAGAUACAAAAAUUAACACUUACAGUGUGUAGACUGACUGAGGCGUGCUGUGGGGAUCUGGUGUCUGUUCUGACUUCUGGCACCUCUCAGCUGCACACAUUGGAUCUUGCUUUCAAUGAGAUAGGGGACCAAGGCCUCAUACAUCUAUGCCAAGGACUGCGAAGCCCUAACUGUAAACUACAGGAGCUAAAUUUACAGACCUGUAACUUAACUGUGGGAUCCAUGGGAGCUUUGUCAGCGGCGAUGUGUUCUGGCCAAUCAGAUUUAAGAAUGCUGAACCUGACUUGCAACAUGAUUGGUGACAGUGGACUGGAGCAGCUGUCGAAGGCUCUACUACAGCAUCCUCUUUGUAAACUGCAGAGGCUCACUGUGUUUGACAGCCAGCUGACCGGUGGGUGCUGUGCUGGUUUGGCUGAGCUCCUGAUGUCCAAACACUGCUCCCUGUUAGAGCUGGACUUGUCAGUCAACGAGUUGGGCCAGGAGGGGACGCUGCUGCUCUGCAAAGCACUCAGUAAACCAGGAUGCCCUUUGGAGAAAAUUGGCUUGACACGGUGCGAGUUGACCCACUUGGUGUUCAAGGAACUGGUUUUGUUGCUGAAAAGUGGGACCUCUCGGCUGAAGUCCCUGUCCGUAGGUUUGAACUUUGUUGGAGAUCAAGGAACCAAACCCCUGUGGGAUGCUUUGGCAGACCCUCACUGUCAACUGGAGGCGUUGGACGUUGAGAUGAACAACUUGACAGACGCCAGUGUUGGGGACUUAUGUGCUGCCCUGAGUGCCAGCAGUUCUUUGAGGAGCCUGGACCUGAGCAACAACACACUGACCGAUGCCUCUGUCCCAGCCCUUGUGCAGGUCAUGCAAGACAGUCCCACCAUGCAGGAGAUGAACUUGCGUUACAAUGACUUCUCAGAAGAUGUUUUUAACAUGUUGGACAGCUGUGAUAAAAUCAGGUACUGAAAAAAAAAUAUUCAUCUCAUGGUAGAGAACAGCUAUCGGACCAUGAUGCUUGAAAU